UGAUGACAAUUGAAGCACAAUAUAAUCAUCUUUAACUUUAUUUUAAAAAGUGAUAAGCAUCUAGUACCCCUCGAACUAUGACCAAAGUUGCUGCAACAUACUCUAACUUCACAGGAGUUCUAUUACCCCUGAACUCUAUUUUAGCGUAUUUUUAUCACCCUUUUGGGCUGAUGUGACAUCUUUAUUACAAAAAAUAAAAUAGGGCCCACGUCAUUGGUGCCAUGUCAGCUACAAAGGUUGACAAAAGGUGUCACAUUAGCUAAAAAAAGACAAAAAUACACUAAAAUUUAAUUCAGAGAUAAUAAAACCUACAUGAAAUUAAAGUAAAUCGUAGCAAAUUUGGUCAUAGUCCAGAAAGGUGCUAAAUGCUUUACUUUUCUUAAAGUAUAAUAAAGAUAUAUAUAUAUAUGUAAGUAAUCAUCUUUUAGUAACUUUUUAUCUAAAAACUACCAUUGAUGUGGUCUUCCACAUAAAUUGAUAAAAGCACUUUCCCCAUAUGCAACAAUAAUUGUUCUCAUCCCAAUUUAUCACAAGGCAACAAAAAUUAAUACUACCAUUUUAGUCAUUCAGAGAGGUUCUGAGGCUUAAUCAAGGGGUCCUGAUAAGCAGCCUGGAGUGAUGAGUGCAGUUGGCGAGCCUUCUAUAUUUCAGAAGGCCUAUUUUCUUUCAUUCAUUUGUCAUUUAUUAUGGUUUUGGUCUACUAGGGGCCUUGUCCCAGAUUUAGACAAGUUUUGAUGUCUUGUGCAGUUGAGAUUUCGCAGACGGAAAAAGAUGUUGCUUUUACAUUGAAAGACCUAUCUUUCAGGUCUUAAUCGGAAAGGAAAACGUGAAUAUAGUAGAUAUGGCUCAUGCAAGUGUGGCUUCUCUUAUGAGAACAGUAGAAUCGCUCUUGAAAUCUAAUUCACCAAUGCAAUCUCUAACCUGUGAUCACGGAGAAGAAUUUUCUGCUCUUCAUGAAAAGAUUAGCUCCCUGGAAGUAGCUGUCAAGAACUUUGAGAAAAACAAUGUUUCUGGGAAAAUGACAGAUUUGGAAGUAGAGGUAAAAGAAGUUGCAAAUAUUGUAGAACAAACAAUUCAACUAAGUGUAGCUGAAGUUGUAUUGGCAAAUGAUGAAAAUCUGAGAGAAAAGGCACAAGAGAGGCUUUCUGAUAGCCUGCAACAAGUAGCUGAGGACAUUGAUCGUAUCUGCAAAGAGUCGACAAAUAUUAAAGAUAAAGGCAAACAUGCAUCAAAGGAAUCAACGGUUCAAGACUUUCCAAGCUCAUCAAGAAAUAUCCAGAAUGUUGAGAACAAUAUGGUUGGACGUGAUGAUCAAAGGGAACGGUUGUUAAAUGAUCUGACUACAGACUUCUCUGGUGAACCCAAAGUCAUCCCGAUUGUCGGGAUGGGAGGCAUAGGUAAAACAACCUUAGCGAAAGAAGUUUACAAUCAAAAAUCAAUUCUAUGCCGUUUUGAUGUUCAUGCCUGGGCUACCGUAUCUCAACAGCACAACAGAAAGGAAAUUUUGCUGGGCCUUCUGCGAUCGACGAUCAAAAUGGAUGACACCGUUGAGACGAAAAAGAGGUACUUAAUUGUCUUGGAUGAUAUCUGGAGUUGUGAAGUGUGGGAUGGCGUGAGACGAUGCUUUCCAACUGAAGACAAUGCAGGGAGUCGAAUACUGUUGACUACUCGUAACAAUGAAGUAGCUUGUUAUGCUGAUACAGAGAAUCUUUCUUUGCGGAUGAGCUUCAUGGAUCAAGAUGAGAAUUGGAGUCUUUUCAAAAGUGCAGCAUUUUCAAGUGAAGCGUUACCAUAUGAGUUCGAGACUGUUGGAAAGCAAAUCGCAGAUGAAUGUCACGGGUUACCACUAACUAUUGUCGUGGUUGCUGGACUUCUCAAAUCGAGAAGGGCAAUAGAAGAUUGGGAAAGUGUAGCUAAAGAUGUCAAGUCAUUUCUCACAAAUGAUCUUGAUGAACAAUGUUCACGUGUGCUUGGGUUGAGUUACAAUCACUUGACUAGCGAUCUAAAAACAUGUCUUCUGCAUUUCGGAAUUUUUCCAGAAGACAGUGAGAUACCAGUGAAGAAAUUGAUGAGAUCAUGGAUGGCUGAGGGGUUCCUGAAGUUGGAAAAUGAUUUGGAAGGAGAGGCUGAGAAGUGUUUGCAAGAGCUUGUCGAUAGAUGUCUAGUCCUCGUUUACAAGAAAAGUCUAGAUGGAACAAAAAUUAGAUCAUGUAAGGUUCAUGAUCUAAUAUAUGACUUGUGUGUGAGAGAAAUUCAAAGGGGAAAUGUUUUUAUCAUGAACGACAUUGUGCUUGACAGUAUGCAUGAAAAGCAGCCCUUUAUGCGCGUGAUUGGUGAUGAAAUUGAUGAUUGUUACUUUGGUUUUUUUAAGGUUCUUCUUACCCCUAUACAUCAUCAGUUGAGAGAUCAUGACAACAACAAUCUUUUGAAACGAACCCAUUCUAUUUUCUCUUUUCAAUUUGAGGAUUCAAGUUUUCCUCGUGUUCUCAAAUCAGAGCUUAUUCAUUUCAAAUUACUCAAAGUCUUGGAGUUGAGACACAUGGAGAUUGAUUAUUUCCCUUUACAGAUACUAAGCCUCAUCUGGUUGAGGUACCUAUCAUUGCAAUGCCGUAAGAAUUUAGACAUACCUCCAGAAAUUUUUAGGUUAUGGAAUCUGCAGACAUUCAUUUUUCAAGGGUAUCCUUACUCAUCUAAAGAAAAUAAUUGUCCAGUGCAAAUUUGGGGACUAAUGCAAUUAAGGCAUAUUAAACUGCAAAGAUGUAAUUUGCCAGAUUGCCCAAGUGGAUCUGUUGACAAAGGAAGGCACAUGGGUUUUUCAAACUUAAAAACUAUUUCUUACUUGUCUUCACAUUGUUGCACGAAGGAGGUUAUUAUGGGGAUUCAGAAUGUCAAAGAAUUAGGAAUCAGAGAAGGAAAGAGGAUGGGCUCUAAUGGGCUUCUCAACAAUCUUGUCCAUCUGCAGCAACUUGAAAAAUUGAAUCUUACAUUUUGUUCUAGUCGACUUUUGCCAGCAAGUGCAAAAGCUUUUCCAGAAACGCUAAAGAAGCUGAAGUUGGAAAAAACUUAUCUAUGUUGGUCGUACUUGGACAUCAUAGCUGAAUUGCCUAACCUUGAGGUGCUGAAGCUGAUGAUUAGUGCUUGUGUUGGCAGUGAAUGGUAUCCAAAUGUUAGGGGAUUUACUCGAUUGAAGGUUUUGAUAAUUGAAGAUAAUCAUCUCAAUUACUGGAAAGCCACAAAUGACAAUUUCCCUGUCCUUGAGCGCCUUGUGCUUAACAAAUGCCAUAAUUUGAAAGAGAUACCCAUUGAGUUUGCAGAAAUCCACACACUACAACUGAUUGAGUUAACAAGUUGUCUUCCCGAACUUGGGGAAUCUGCUGCACGAAUUCAACAAGAACAAGAAGACAUCGGAAACAACCCCGUGGACGUUCGCAUCUCAGAUUCAUCAAGAAAAAAAGUAAGAUGGCAUGAUCGCUACUAAGUAUCUUGGAUUUCUGGAGCAGCUUUUGGAAAAAAGAAGACACGGAGAGGAUGAGCAACAAGACAUUCAAUCGGUUUCUGUUCAAUAAUGGGAGUUUUAUUCGAUAAAAUUAUGUUGUAAUGUCUUCUAGCUUGUUAUUUCUUAUUGUGUUGUACAACUCAAUAUUCUUUGGGAACAACUCAAUGAUAUUCGAGAGAAGUAAUAGAGGAGCUCGUGUUCUUGAA